CAUGAUAUUAUUGUUGUACCUACUGGGUUACUUAUGUUGAUGUCAAUAAGUUCAGUUGUGGAAAUGGAACUCAUAAUUUUUCAUUUUGUUUUGCUUUGAUUUGAUCUCACUAUCCUCUUAUUCCCCAGGACAAACAACCAGGCUGGAAGGUCAUCUUCAUUUGACUUUUGCUGGCAGUGGUUUAUUAGAUCAGCAACUGAAGUUACAAAUCAGGAUCACCUCAAAAACCUGAUCCCACACUAAGAUGGCUGAUGGGAUAUGUCGUGAAGAUGAUAACAGAGGUGCAGGAAACAAGAAACUCACUAAGUCCAAGUCGGGCCUCAGAAUAAUUCCUAUCAACAACACUGCAAGAAGUCCAUUUGAACUGAAGGAGCCCACCUGGUCUCCAGAUAAAGAGAAUCCUGAGUGCUCCAAUGGCAAGUGUGGCCAGAAGUUUGACUUUCUGAAGCGCCGCCACCACUGCCGGCGGUGCGGCCAGAUCUUCUGCGCCCAGUGCUGCCAGACGCGGGUGAUGCUGCCGCGGAUGUGCUUCGUGGACCCGGUGCGCCAGUGCUUCCGCUGCUCCGACAUCACGAACGCCGAGAACGUCUUCUUCAACAGCAGUCUGAAGCUGCUCACCAAUGGCGCCCAGUUUGACGUCUCGUCCCCGGAGCGGCCAGUGCUCUGCCAGACAGCCGUCACCUCCGACCACCGGUUCAUACGGUUCGAGCCUACCCAGGGCCAGGCGCCGCCCGAGAGGGUCGAGGUGGCGCGCAUCCUCUCCACAGAGGUCACACAGUCCACCAUUGAAUAUGCUCCGGGCCAGACGCUGCCCGAGGCAGUGGUGGUGCUGUACCGCGUGCCCGGGUCGGUGGAGGAGCGACAGGUGCGCCUCAGCGCCGGACCGCACGUCAACGACUGGAGACUGUCGGCCAACUGGAUCGUGGCGCUGGAGAGGGCUCUGGAGCUGGUGUAUGAGGGCCGUCAGCCCAGUCAGCACUAACUCCUCCCACACCGAGUCGUCUCGCCAGUCGCCCCCCGUGCCGCACUCUAUGCAGUGAGCGGACCCCCGGCCAGCCCCGCCACCAGGCCUCCCGUUGGGUCUGCCGGUUGGCCGUGUACAGCGGAGGGGCGCCCUUGAACCGCAGAGGGGCACCGCUGGGAGGCUCUCCUCCGGUCAUAUGAGAGGCCGGCUGCAGACUGCGAUUGUUUCACGUUACGCUAAACCCGAUCGGCUGGUUCUGUUUUCCGUGGUUGGAACGGCCCAUCGCUCUGCUAGAAAUCGUAUAAAGACGGAUUGGCAUGAACCGGGGUCACGACUGACCGAAGUGUAACUAUAGCAGGUACGGUACCGCUGAGACAUGUGUGUCUCACCCAGCGGCUCGUACCGUGGGGCCAUGCAUGUUAAAUCGCCGAGCCGUGUGUAACUAUGUUGUAUAGCGCCCCUCACCAGUUAAUGUGCUGUGUAUACUGACGGCGAUGGAAGCCGAUGAAACUGAUGAUAUUGACGUCUUCUCGCGACUUUGUGAGUGGUUGAGAGAUCGCUCACGUGUCCGCCAUGUUGUUAUUGAUAUGGUAAUCGGCUUUGUUAUCCUUUAUGCUGACGUACACUGCACUGUUAUUGCCGUGUUUAUUGGCUUCCUGUAAUGAUUUUGAAUCUCCUGCCUUUUAUCUCUAUACUGACCAAUUUCGCUUACGAUUGUGAAGCGUCUAUUGCGGCCAUUCUUUCUUUUCUUGUGCCAUAGCCGGUCGUCUGAUGUUAGUUUAGUUAUCAGUGUCGCAGCGGUGAUAUUGCUGCGACACCCGGUGUUUAUUCGCCGUCAUUUACCAUAGUUUAUCGCAGGGUGUACCUAUGUCCGACACAAGCUGAGUGUCGGCUCGUCACGAGUGAGAUUGGGGCUUUCGCAUGUUGAGAGAGAAGCGCCACGCUGCCCGACUUCCGAAGGAGUUUGUUGGCUUUCUCAGCGUCUAUGUGUGUGUGUGUGUGUUAAUGCCGGCUGUUUUUGGCGACAUGUGAGGACCUCGGACGGUGACGUGAGGACACAAAUGAACAGCCCGCUUCCACAGCUGUGCAGGGACGGCCACAGGUGCGGCUGCCGCAUCUGGUCAGCCGCCUAUCCGGCCACCCAGCCGUCGCCGACGGGCCGAUUGCAGGAACUGAUAUUUGUCUAUUUUUCAAUAAACUGCGUCUGCUAUGUGAGU